AUGAAUUAAAGACUAGGCACACCCUAUUAUAUUGCUCCAGAAGUUUUAUAAUCUUAAUACGAUAAUAAAUGUGAUAUUUGGUCGUGUGGAGUAAUCCUUUAUAUAAUGCUAAGCGGUAUUCUUCCAUUUAAUGGAACUACAAAUGAUGAAAUAGUAGAAAAUGUAAAAUAAGGAAAAUUAUCUUUUGAAAAUGAAGAAUGGAAUUAUAUAUCUUAACAAGCUAAAAAUUUUAUUAGAAAAAUGCUAGAAUUAGAUCCUACAUAAAGGCUUUCAGCUUCUUAAGCACUAUAAGAUCCUUGGAUAAAAAAGUUUAAUAAUAAUUAAAAUUUGGAUUUUCCUAAUUUAUAUAAAUCAAUUGAAAAUAUGAAAAAUUUUAAUGCUGAUAAAAAACUAUAAGAAGCAACUUUAAUUUUUUUUAUUAAUAAUUUUGCAAGUAAUGAGGAAAAAAAUUAAAUGUUGAAAGUUUUCUAAGGCUUAGAUAUAAAUGGUGAUGGAAAAAUAAGUUAAUAGGAACUUAUUGAGGGGUUCGAAAAAAUUUACGAAGAUAAAAAUUUGGCUAAAAUAGAAGCAUAAAAAGUAUUUUAAUCUGUUGAUAGAAAUAAUUCAGGAGAAAUUGAUUAUACAGAAUGGAUAAUGGCUACAAUUAAUACAGAAUAAUUAUUAUCAAAACAAAGAAUAAAUGCUGCUUUUUAAAUGUUUGAUAAAUUAAAUAGAUUCAAAUGUUUGGAUAGAAAUGGUAAAAGAAAUCGAUCUUAAUGGGGAUGGAUAAAGGCUCUAAAACUACCCAAAACCAUAGCAUGA